AUGGCAGAUCUACCAGCAUCGAGGGUUACUACCGAUACUAAACCAUUUAGCAUCUGCGGAAUUGAUUACGCAGGUCCAUUUAACCUUCGAGAAAGCAAGAGAAGAGGUAACAUUCCUGUCAGCAAAGCCUACGCAGCAGUUUUCGUUUGUUUCAAAACAAAGGCUGUGCAUCUUGAAUUAGUUAGCAGCCUAACUACGGAGGCUUUCUUGUCAACCUUUCGACGCUUUUGUGCAAGAAGGAGAACGUGUAUCCACAUGUAUUCCGAUAAUGGCACUACCCUAGUAGGUGCUGCCAACGAACUUAAAGAAAUCUAUGAGUUUCUCAAGGCUCAGGAGACUUGCAUCGCUACCAGAUUGGCCGCACAAAAUAUAAAGUGGCACUUUAUACCUCCCCGAUCACCACACUUCGGAGGGCUUUGGGAAGCUGCCGUUAAAAGCGUCAAACGGUAUCUACGAAUCACUAUGAAGAAUUUGAUUUAUACUUUUGAAGAAUAUUAUACUUUACUGGUCGAAAUAGAAGGCAUUCUGAAUAGCAGGCCACUGACAACCCUGUCGUCAGAUCCCAACGACCUAACACCACUUACACCAGCCCAUUUCCUAAUGGGAGGAGCCUUAAUAAUGCCUGUUGAAAAAAAUCUAUUAGAUGUCAAGGAUACUCAUUUAUCUCGCUGGCAGCAUAUCCAAAAGUUACGCCAGCAUUACUGGCAGCGCUGGCAUAAGGAGUACUUACAGCAACUACAAGUCAGGACCAAAUGGAAAGAAGGUGAUGACGCGGUACAAGUCAGAGACUUGGUUCUGUUAAUCGAAGAAAAUCUACCGCCGAUGCAGUGGAAGCUAGGACGAAUAGAAGCGCUGCAUCCUGGAGAGGACGGAGUUGUAAGAGUAGCAACUAUCCGAACGUCAACAGGAAGUUUCAAGCGUGCCGUUAAGAAGAUAUGUGCACUUCCUUAUAAAAACUAG